CAAAAAUAAUGGUCACAGUACUAAAAAGAAACAAAUUGAAAAAUUAGUACAAUUUGGAUAUAAAUAGUAAAAUUUUAAUACUAACAAAUCAAUUUAUUCAAAAUUAAGUGUGACAUAAACAGUGAGUGGAAUGCUGAUGUGAAGCACCAUAAGAAAUUAAAUAGAUUUUUAAUGAAGUGUUGCCUAAAAUUAAAAUUUUAAUACAAAAAAAUAAAAUAUUAAUACCAAACAAAAGUAUAGGCCAAACCACGCUAUUUACCCUGCUCUUUCUGAACAGAAUUUCUAAACAAAGAAAAAGGGACGUGCAUGAAAACAGUUCAAUAAUAUCACAAAUAAAAAUAUAAAUAAAAACAAAGUGAAAAAAUAUAGAAAAACUACAUAAAAGGAGUAGCUUAAGAAAAAAGUGCAGGAGAACUUCGUAGUCUAUGCUUCACUUCUUACUCUUGGUACUUGCCCCUCAUACUAAGGCAUCCUCUCGCAAUACCGCCAAACGGAAGAAACCCAUUGUAUUUUGGAUCAGAUUAUCGUCAUAACCUUCUAAGCUGCGGGAAAGAACCCAGUGCAGAGAGCAGGAUAGCAUGUCAUACAACAUCAAAUGGGAACUUUGACAUUGAUAUUGAUACUAUAGAAUGGCAGAAAGGAAAAUUCUUUUUGUUUGUCCUUCCGGGGGAGUAGGAAUGGAGAAGAAGAAAUGGCUUUUCAAGAUGUAUUUGAUCAUUGUUUGGACUGUUAUCGCACCAGUUCUGUCACUCAAUGUCAACAUCCCUUCUCAUGGUUGCUAUUGGAAUGUUUCUUGUCAAGACAAAUUGGGGGGAGAAUGUGGAAUGGGCCAUGCAAUUACUGAUCGCUCAAAUGACUGUAAAGGGCUAUGUCCGGAGCCAAAAUAUUCUGUUUGCCCACCUCCAUACUACACACGCUUUUAUUGCUGCAUACCAGAAACUCCAGAAGUGACAAAAGAUCGGUGCUCAAAAUGUGAUACUAAAGUGGACACUGGUGAUGAAUAUAUUUGUUGCACAGACUGCUCCGAUCCCCACAUGUAUUCUGAUGAACUGAAAUCGGGUUACUGCAGAAGUGGUGCUAAGCUACUCGUGGAGCCACAACCGAAGGAAGUUUUUAAGUGGGUUGCUGGACCAUGGAAGCCUUGCUCAUCUCUUUGUGAUGGUGGGAUUAGGUAUCGCAAUGUGGAAUGUUAUGCAGUGUUUGCAGAUACAUUGGUCCCAGAUUAUCCAGUAUAUGAUCAUAAGUGCUCUUUGGAAGAAAUGCCUGCCAGAGAAGAGCCCUGUAAUGUAAGAAGCUGCCUUCAGCUCAGGGAUGGAGACUCACAAGGAAGAAAGUAUGGAUUGACCCUUGGACUACUCAUUUUUCUGGGGAUUGUUGCUAUUAGUGGCGUUACUUUUGCAGGUUACAUUCAAUUCAAAAGGAGAAACUCAAUGCAAUAUGGUCAGGUAUACAUCAUAGAUAUAUGAAAAGGAUUUGAUAUAUACUACUCUCUAUGGAUGUUGGUGGAUUUGGCUGAUUAUCAUGUAAGGGUCUCGUCCCAGUAUCAGCAAGGCAUUAACACAGUACAUAAGCAGCUAGCUUCAGCUGGACACUCAAAAGUUUCUCUGCAAUUCUUUGAUAAAAAAAAUUUUUUCUUUCUUUUUUUUCUUUCCAUACUUCUAUGUGUAUUUUGGACAGAAAGUUUCCAUGUAACGUGGAAAUGAAAACGUUCUCUUUGUUUUUUAUCAGUUAUGAUAAAUCUUCAAGUGGACCUUCUCUUGACAGGUUCUGCAUUGUUUUA